AUGGACCUUUUUAAUGAAUGUAUGAACAUCGUACCAUGCACUUCUUUCGUCUUUUCUCUUCAUAUUUUCCUAUUGCCUUACUCUGAAACGGAGUUUUUCAAGGGGAAGGAGUUGUGCAAGAGCAUUAACCCUGAUGAAGCUGUAGCUUAUGGGGCAGCUGUUCAGGCUGCUUUGUUGUGUGAUGACAUCAAGAAUGUUCCUAAGUUGGUGCUGCAGGAUGUUACACCUUUGUCUCUUGGUAGGUCUGUACUAGGAGAUAUCAUGGAUGUGGUGAUUCCGAGGAACACUUGCAUUCCCGUCAAGAUGACCAAAACAUAUGUUACAAUCAAAGAUAACCAAUCCAGUUCCAUGAUUGAGGUUUAUGAGGGUGAGAGAACAAGAGCUAGUGACAACAAUUUGCUUGGUUCAUUUAUUCUUUCUGGUCAUACCCUGGCUCCUCGUGGCCAUCCUUUGGAUGUCUGUUUUGCUAUAGAUGAAAAUGGUAUUUUGACAGUUUCUGCUAAGGAAAAGUGA